AUCCCGUCGACUACCGAUUCCGGGCACACCGGGACAUGGAACGAAAGGAAGGAAAGGAAAAAGAAAAGGAAACCCACUGCAUCAUAUGCGGUCCGGAAAACCCCACAGAUGCCACGGCGAGGGUGAGGAACCUAGACCCAGCCAGCCCCCAAUGUUCUAUUCGUGGCUGGGUUGGGUAUCGGGGUCUGGGCUAAAUACCUUCCUCCUCCCUCCUCCUCCCGCCUCCCUCCUCCCACACUGCUGCAUUUCCAAUCCUCGCGUGCCAUAUUGAAACUUGCCUUUGCUGCUUGAAACUACCCUGAGAAGAAGAAGAAAAAUAUCCCCACGACUGCAACUUCUUCCGUACGAGGACGACAACGCACACGAUAUACAUAUAUCCCCCCAAUUCUCCACCCGACACACAUCCCGCCACUUGAUCCUCCUCUCACCUCACGAAUCCUCUCUUCAAUCUCCAACGCAAAAGCCUGCCAGCGCCACCUCGAACACUUCACACCCCACGCGUCCUCUCUGAGGGCAUCCGCCUGCAGACAUGUCGUACACCGGCAUUGGACCCCCCGUGCCCUUCAACGGCACCGAAGGCGAUGGAGGAGAUAGCACAACAACCAACCUAAACCAAUGGUACCAAUCCGGCGACCAAGCCUUCAUUCUCGUCGCCUGCUGCAUGGUCCUUCUCAUGAUCCCGGGGCUGGGGUUCCUCUACUCCGGGCUCGCGCGUCGAAAGUCCGCGCUUUCCAUGAUCUGGGCCUGUAUGGGCAGUUUCUCGGUGAUUGUGUUUCAGUGGUAUUUCUGGGGAUACUCGUUAGCGUUCAGCCAGAGUGCGACGAAUGGGUUUAUUGGUGAUCUGAAGCACUUCGGGUUGAUGAAGACCCUCGGGGCGCCGUCGCCGGGGAGUCCGUUGAUUCCGGAGUUGUUGUUCUCGUUUUACCAGAUGAUGUUCUGCGCCGUAACCGCCGCAAUCGUCAUGGGCGCCGUCGCCGAACGCGGCCGCCUCAUCCCCGCCAUGGUCUUCACCUUCUGCUGGGCCACCCUCGUCUACUGCCCCAUCACCUGCUGGAUCUGGAACUCCAACGGCUGGGCCUUCAAAUACGGCGUCCUCGACUACGCCGGCGGCGGCCCCGUCGAGAUCGCCUCCGGCUGCUCCGCGUUGGCUUACAGUAUGGUCCUCGGAAAGCGUCAGGAGAAAAUGAUGCUUAACUUUCGCCCGCAUAACGUGUCGCUCAUUACGUUGGGCACGGUGUUGCUGUGGUUUGGAUGGCUGGGGUUUAAUGGCGGGAGUGCGUUUGGUGCGAAUCUGAGAGCGGUUAUGGCAUGUUGGAACUCGUGCUUGACUGCUAUGGUGGCGGCUGCCACAUGGUGUCUUCUCGAUUUCCGCUUGGCAAGGAAGUGGUCUAUGGUCGGGUGGUGUUCCGGCUGCAUCUCUGGCCUCGUCGCCGCCACGCCUGCUUCGGGUUUCAUCCCACUCUGGGCCUCCGUCCUCCUCGGCGUCGUCACGGGCGUCGUUGCUAACUUCGCCACGAAGAUCAAAUUCUGGAUCCAAAUCGACGACUCCAUGGACGUCUUCGCCGAGCACGGCAUCGCCGGCGUCGUGGGCCUCCUCUUCAACGCCCUUUUCGCAACCCCCACCAUCAUCGGCCUCGACGGCGUCAACACCGGCGUCCUCACCGGCGGCUGGCUCGUGCAUAACUACCGCCAGCUCUAUAUCCAGGUCGCGUACAUCCUCGCCUGCGGAACUUACGCCUUCCUCAUGUCUGCUAUACUCGCCUACACCAUUAAUUUCGUGCCGGGCUUGAAACUCAGGGCCGAUGAGGCGGCGGAGUUGUUGGGCAUGGACGACGAUCAACUCGGUGAAUUCGCAUACGACUACGUUGAAGUCCGCCGUGAUUACCUCGCCUGGACCCCUGCAAAAGAGGGGAUGAGCCAGGUCGAGGAACGCAUCGAACCCUCCGACCGCCACGGUAUCCCCGAACACGGCGAGAUGGCGUCACUGUCGGGCGCGUCGGGGAUGGGUAUGGAUGCGAGUAGUAGGAGGGGGAGUGAGGGAGGGGGGGUGGCGAAGGGGAGCGCGAGCUCGGCGGUUGGGACGCAGGGGACGCUUGUUGGGGGAAGGCUGGGGGGGUUGGAGGAGGGUGUUGCGGUGGGGAGUGGGGAGAUGAAUGAGAAGGUUGAGAUGGGGAGUGAGAGUGACCGCAGUGGGAGCAGAGGGGGGGUGGAGGGGAGGAGGAGUGGGUAGAUGGUGAUACCACUAUCUGACCUUGAGGGAGUUGUACAUUUUCUGUGCGAGUACGGACGGGCGUCUUCGAUCUUUUUCAGCGGGUGUUCUUUCUUAUCAUCAUCAUCAUACGCCAUCUUUUCUCCAUCAUCAUCGCCAUCUACGCAAAGUUUCCUGGCAUUUUUUUAUCAUUUUCAUUAUCGGAUCGGUUGGGGAGCAUGUUUGGGGAACCGGUUGCAAAUAUAUAUCCUGGGAAGGGGAAAGGAAAGGAGAAGAAGGGAGUUUCGUUUUGUUCAAGAUACCAAAAGCACAGUCAGUCGCUCUCGUGCAUACGAGCGAGGUGAAGUGGAAGUUGAAAUUGGACGUGGAGAGGAAGGGAACAGGAGGGGAGAAGUUAGAAAUAUAAACACAAAUCAA